AUGGCAGCCGUACAGCAAUUGUCGACACCAAAAACGGCCACCUCUGUCCACAACGAUGCUAUGGACGUUGACCCAAAUGCAACCGCAGCCGUCCCUGCAGCCACGGCGAUCUUGGUACAAACAGCCUCCUCAACAUCAACACCCACUCUAGACCAUGCUACCAGCAGCAAGUUUGGAAGCGGGCCACAAAAGGGGGACACCCGCAUAGUCGUAAUCAUCUACGGCCAUGACCAGGCAGCAAUUGUGUCGGUUUUUGCAGAGGUUCUGGGCAAACCAUAUUGUACGCGGCCAAGUUUCGCAUCAAUAGCAUUUGAAGACCGGGGACGGGUUAUCGGCAUCAAGGCCAAGAAUGCCAAGGCUGACAUUGCUUCCCGACAACGAGACAUCGUUGUCGCGAUCAACGCACAUCCAGUCAGUGUAGGCAUGCCCCCGGACACUCUGCUGUCGUCUGAGUGCGAUUACGAAUUUCUCUAUACCAGCACUCCUCUGUUUCGACGAGAUCUCUCCCGCUUCAUCUCUUUCACCCUCAACCAGAUCAAUCACCACGAAACAUUAAUGGCCUUGCCGCGUACUUUUUUCAUUUCCACCACGUUCCCCGAUGUCCGCGCAGCCUUACCAAAUAUCGACAUUUUGACAGUCGGGUGCGAUGCCGUCGAAAUUCGCGUCGAUCUUCUCAAGGAACCCUUGGGUGGCGGCCGUUUUGCGCCAGUACCUAGUCUCAGCUACGUGGGUGAGCAAGUCAUGCUGCUUCGCCAGCAUACUGAGCUUCCCAUCAUUUUUACCACACGCUGUACACGAGAGAACGGCCGCUUUCCAAUGGAGGACCCAGAAUUAUUCUACGAGUAUCUCACCCGAGCCAUCCAAUGGGGUGUCGAGUACAUCGACGUCGAGUUAUGGCUGCCUGAGAGAAUUCGCAAAUCGAUCUACGAGCACCGCGGGAAUAGUCGCAUUUUGGGUGCCUUUCAUGACUUUUCGGGCCUCUUCAAGUGGUCAUCAGCCCAAGCCCAAGCUAUAUUUGCCAAGUCCUGCCACUAUUCCGACAUUAUCAAGAUGAUCGCUACCAUCAGUGACCGAAACGAAAACUUUGAACUCGAGUAUUUUCGAUCCAAAAUGCGCACCGAGUAUCCCGAAGCUCCUCCACUUUCUGCCAUGAAUAUGGGUGAGCUGGGCCAGUUCUCGCGGACGCAGAAUCACGUUUUCACACCCAUAACGCACCCUCUGCUUCCAGUGAUUGCCGCGCCUGGUCAGAUGAGUGCUGCCGAGCUCAACAUGGCAUUGUCCCUGCUAGGUCAGCUGCCCAAGAAAAACAUAUACGGCAUCGUCACCCCAUCAAGCCGGAUUGGGACACCACAGGCUCCUUUUUAUGAAAAGUGCUUCAACGAGCUGGGCUUGCCCCAUAACUUUGCCGUCGUAGAACGGCAACCCAAACUCAGCAGCAGCAUCGAGGGCUGGUGCAAUCAGAAGCAUUUUGGCGGCGCUUACCUGAAUCCGCCUGUAUCAUGUUCCGGUCUUAUAUCUAAAAGCACCUUCUUUUCCUCACUCGACGAUGGUAUGGGUCCUGUUCUCAGCGAGUCCGCCCGUGCCAUUGGUAUCGUUGAUACGAUUAUAGUGCGGCCAGCACCUUCUUCACCGAAUUCUGCCGAGGCCUCUGAGCCAGCGAGCCCAUAUCAUUACCAGAGCGACUCGCUCGGCACCGGCACUGGGUUUGGUGGUGGCAAGGGUAUCUUACCCCCGAGCACCGACCUCAUCUUUGACAACGCAUCGUGGCGCGGAAUUCUCAGGACUCUGACUCGGGAUCUUGCGCCGUCUGCAUACUUUGACCGCACAGCCGUUGUUCUCGCAUCGGCGUCUGACGAUGCCGCAAGCGCAAUCUUCGCCCUCAAAGCUCUUCGUAUCAGCAAAAUCUACACCGUCGGCUUCAAAACACCAGCAGCACUGGCUAGUGAUCUCACCAUAGAGCCCUUCAACUCCUUAGAAAGCUUGCAGCGUGCCCGCACCGUAGGUGCUCAUGACGAUUUCGCGUCGCCGUUUGUUGUCAUCAGCGCCCUCAGUCCUGAGAAAGGCACUUUGGUUGGUCUUUUGUUGCGAAUUUUUGGUUCAAAUACAUCGGGUCAAGUGCCUGAUACUACCAAUACAACCAGCCACAGAAGCAACACACGAAAAGUGUUCUUGGAUCUUGCGCCCGAUGGUUCCUCAGCUCGACGAAAAGGAGACCCCGGCGUUGUUGCCGAGCAAAGCGGCUUUGCUGUCUAUGGCUCUGCUGACACUGCAGCCUUCACCACUGUUGAGACUCUGAAGCUGCUUGUUGGACAGAAUGUUCCUUACAACUUUGUCCAGCUAGCUGGUGGACGAGGUCCCUUCUGA